UCCUACCGGCUGCGACUUAGAUGGGUUACGACACGACGUCAUUUUUACCGCCAAGCGACGUCAACAUGGCUGCGAAUCAGCCAACAGACGUCCCACUGAAACUUCACGCUGCCGGUCAUCACCCCCAAAGUGGAUUUACACGUGUUUUCUGCCUCGUCUAAACGUCACGCUUGCUGCGGUCUGACGUGCCCUGCUACGUCAUGACGUGCCCUGCUACGUCAUUUCGGCAGCGACCGGACAUCCCUCCGAGGGUUGGUCUCGUGGACGUAAAAGUUUCACGGGCUGCACCGUAAAGUCGGUUUACACGUCAUCUCCGGCGCCGGGAGACGUCACGCUGGCCACAGCGUCGCACGGGCUUGAAAGUCGCUUCGGUCGCGAACGCAAGGGGCUCAGGGGUCGUUUCCGCCGCGGCGUGAUGUUGGGUCCGGGCCUCCUCCUCGGGUAUUCCCGUCCCUCCAGCGGGGACCGGACUUCACGGCAGCCGGGGAGUCAGCACGGGAGCCCCUGCCCGGAUGGGACGGCGGGGGUGUAUUUGGCCCAUCCCUGAGCCGACUUCCUGCUGCAGGUGAUGGCCCACAGUCAGUAUCAGAAGGCCCAGAGGGUCUCCAUCUUCCUGAGCAUGCACGAUGAGAUCGAGACCGACGAGAUCAUCAAGGACAUUUUCCGCCGCGGCAAGACCUGCUUUAUCCCCCGGUACCAGUUCCAGAGCAGCCACAUGGACAUGGUACGGCUAGCGUCGCCCGAGGAGAUUGCUUCGCUUCCCAAAACAUCCUGGAAUAUCCAUCAGCCCGACGAGGACGAGGCUCGGGAGGAGGCCUUGUCCACAGGUCUGGGGGUGACCCAGCUCCCCAGGAGUUACCACCCUGGGAACUGCACCUUCUCUGCUGCCUUCCAUCAGCCCUGCCCACCCUGUGAACCCUCCCAGGACUCAAGUGUCCUCGCCUCCCGGCGGCCUGGACCUCAUCUUCAUGCCGGGUCUCGGGUUCGACAAGCAAGGCCACCGGCUGGGCCGGGGCCGGGGCUACUACGACGCCUACCUGAGGCGCUGCGAGCAGCACCAGCGGGCGAAGCCCUACACCAUGGCCUUGGCGUUCAAGGAGCAGAUUUGCGCCCAGGUCCCCGUGGACGAACAUGACAUGAAGGUAGACGAAGUCCUCUACGAAGACACCCCCUGAGCCCCGCCGCGCGGGGUCCGGGCCUGAGAGAGGGGCACACAGAAGACGUGCGUGUCCCGUCAGGGGUCAGUCAGAAUCGCACCCCACCGGGAACACGGCUGCAUAAUCAUCUUGUAAUGAUUGUAAGAUACAAAACCCAAAACCACCUUUAAAAAUGAAUAGAGCUGCCCUGGCCGGUGUGGCUCAGUGGGUGUCGGCCUGCGGAUUGAAGGGUCCCAGGUUCGAUUCCCAGGUUGCGGGCUCGAUCCCCAGUGUGGGGCGUGCAGGAGGCAGCUGAUCCAUGAUUCUCUCUCAUCAUUGAUGUGUCUCUCUCUCCCUCUCCCUUCCUCUCUGAAAUCAAUAAAAAAUAUUUUUAAAAAAUUA